AUGUCGUAUGGCACACUUUCCGGGACGGGAAUGUCCCUGCAGGACUAUCUAGUUCUUACGGCUGGCACAAUUGUUGUAUACGCAUUUACGCGAUGCAUCUACUUGUUUUGGUUUCAUCCAUUGGCGAAAUUCCCUGGGCCUAAGAUUGCUGCCAUAUCAAAUGUCUGGUACGGUUAUCAAUGGCUAUCCGGACGAUACCCAUGGGCCAUGCAAAGGGUGAUGGGCGAAUACGGAGAUGUAGUUCGCAUUGCACCAAAUGAACUCGUAUUCACCAGUCCCAAAGCAUAUACAGAUAUCUACACCAGUACCAUCAACAGCCGCCCAGCCUUCGUCAAGUCUGAUCUGUUGGAUACUGGCGACAAAUACGAAGGCCUUGCAUCAGAGCGUGACAUUGAUAGACACCAUGCUGCACGUAAGCAGCUGGCGCCUGCAUUCAGCCCCAAAGCGCUGAGGCAGUACGAGCCUGUAGUGCAUGCUCAUGUUGACGAGUUUGUUCGCAAACUCGAGUCUUCCCCUGCAAUGCAUGAGGGUGUGGAUAUCUCGCCGUGGUUUGAAAGAGCAACUUGUGAUCUUGGGGGUGCGAUUACACUGGGCCAUAGUUUCAACAAUGUGCAAAGUGGAAAAAAUCACCCUAUCCUCGAAUCUCUCUUGCGCAUCGGGCACUGGGGCACGUUUCGCAAUGUAAUGCGUCGCUUCCCCUGGCUUUACCCGUUAUCAUAUGUUCUACUUCCGCCAAAGGUCGCUCUGAGCUAUAUCCGAGCCCACCGAGUGAGCAAAACACUCAUCCGCGAACGGGUGGAGAAUCGCCACGAUCGGAAGCAAUUGGAUUACCUGUAUCAAUUCAUGAAAGACGAGACAGCACUCCCACCGGACGGUUUUCUCGUCGCCCAAGCAGGCCAUUUGAUUCUCGAUCAUUUCGAAUCAUCUAGUGUGCUCUCUGCUGGAUUUUACUUUUUAAUGACGAAUCCAGAGGCCAUGGGUAGGCUGCAGAUGGAAUUAAGGGGGACUUUCAAGGCCUUCGGCGAUAUCACCGAAGAUGGACUUAAGGAACUACCUUGGUUGAAUGCCAUCAUUGAGGAGAUUCUUCGUAUCCAUACCAAUGUCCCAUACGGUCUACCCAGAAUCAGUCCUGGGUACACAGUUGACGGACAUUACGUACCAAAAGGAACCGUGGUAUCAUCAUGCGCAUACGCAACAACACACUCCCCACAAUACUUCAACAGACCAUACGAAUUCGCACCCCAGCGCUGGCUCCCAUCCACUCAUCCAGAGUACGAUUCUGCCUUCGAUACAGAUGACAGAAGCGCAUUCCGGCCGUUCAGCGUCGGAUCUCGUAACUGUCUCGGGCAGGCGAUGGCGUACAUCGUGCUUCGGAUUAUCAUUGCCAAGUUGUGCUGGAGGUUUGAUUGGGAACUGGUGAAUAAAGACCAGGUGGAUUGGGAUCGGGACUUGAGGCUUUAUAUUAUCUGGCAGAAGCCGACGGUGCGUGCUCGUCUUACGCUGUUUGAGGGGUAGGUAUGAGGGUAUAUGGCUGGAGUGGGUAUAGUGCGAGGAUGGAUAUAUAAAGUAGUUCAAGUUGCUCACUGUAGAACUGUGCUAGGCGAUGAUACCAAGG